CCGGAUGAGUUCUGGCGCAAAAGGCGUAUUUUCAAACUCGCUGCGCAUUAUCGCAGCCGUACGCGUAGUUAUUCUUUUGCCAUACGCAGCGUUCAUCGUGCACUCGCAUACGCCACCAAGGGCCGCAAGCUCAAGAAACGAAUGGCUCAGCUGUGGACAACCCGCGUUGAAGCCGGCUGCCAGCAGUAUGGAGUCGCCUUGGACACAUUCAAGGAGGGCCUCGCACGCUCUGAUUUUGCUGAACAAAAAAAAUGCUCUCCGAUUUGGCUAUUUGGGAGCCACGCUCGUUUGAAGCUUUGGUAAACAUUUCCAGAGAACGGGCUGCUGUGGAGGGUCUGCCGGACAUUAAGCGAAGGUCGGCCUUCAAUCAGGUGUAUGGGCUGAGUAAUCUAAAGCUCGAUUAGGCUAAGUGUUUGCAUACAAAUAUGUUUUAUAU